AUGGUUGAAAAGGGAGAGCUUGUCGACGUGAACGACAGUGCUGAGCGUAAGCCAACUGAAGAAGCACCGCACAAUGAGGUGCAAAAUGAGUCGUCACCUAGAUCUUCAGGUUUUCAACAUAUCUUGGUUGUCGCCGCCGGCUUCAUGGCAAUGUUCAUGACCUGUGGAAUCAUCUUCACGUACGGAGUAUACCAGGCGAUUUACGAAGAGUUGGCACAAGAGCCAAAUACACCAUUCACAGGAGCAUCCUCUUCGAUCAUUAGUCUUAUUGGUACACUAUCUAUAGCAAUAAUGUCCAUGGGCGGACCCUUCAUCAGUGCCUGGGCUAAAUUAUAUGGCCCCCAGCCAGUCAUCAUGGCGGGCGGCGUAGUCUUCGGCCUUGGUUGCAUCCUCGCCAGUCUGAGUGAGUACGUGUGGGAGUUCGCUUUAACACAUGGGGUGUUAGUGGGAGUCGGGACCUGCAUGGUCUAUGUACCAACCAUGUCUGUCGCACCUACAUGGUUCGAUAAGCGGCGUGGACUUGCCAUGGGUAUUGUCAUCUCCGGUUCUGCCUGCGGUGCUAUGGUCUGGCCGCCUAUUCUGCGCGCCAUCACCUCUAGCAUUGGAUUUCGAAAUGCGCUACGUAUUUCUGGUUGCUUGAAUGUUUUAUUUGUGCCGAUUUCUGGACUUCUCCUACGCUGGGAACCGAGUUUCCAAGCUAAACUCCUUGAACAGACUGCCGGGCUAUCUAAGAAGACCGGCUGGCUCAAGGUUCCCCUGGUGAACUUGGAAGUUGCCAAGUCAAAGAAGUUUGUCGCACAGGCCUUAGGAUGCUUCUUGCAGUCGACUGGGUAUUCAACACCCUUGUUCUUCUAUGCUGCCUUUGCUCGGUCCCUCGGAUACAGUGAUAGCAUGGCAGAUAACUUUAUCACCAUCAGUAAUGCGGCUAACUUCGUAUCUCGCAUUGUGAUUGGUUAUACUGCAGAUAAGCUAGGCCGAUUGAAUGUGUUAUAUGCCACCACAGUGUUAAGUAGUGUGGCAGUAUUCGCAUUCUGGCUGCCAGCUACGUUUGCUGAUGAUACUAUUUCUAGUAAGACUGCGGAUGUGUUGUUCAUCUUUUUCGCUAUAUCUUUCGGUGCCUUUGGCAGUGCUUAUAUUUCACUCUUUCCGGCCAGUCUGAUUGAGCUGUUCGGUGUGAAGCAUUUCACCUCGGUGAAUGGUGCAUUGUACUUUAUUCGAGGUGCGGGGGCUCUGUUGGGAACACCUUUGACAGGUUUACUUAUACCUGGACAGUCGGCACUCAGUGGUCCUUCGCACUACGAGAGGGUUGCUAUCACCGUCGGGAUAUUGUUAUUUGCGGCUAGCUGUGCAACUUUCUGGGUUAGAAUAGAAGGUUCUGCUGGUAAAGCGUGGAAAUGGAAGUUAUAA